ACUGCGGGUUGUGUAACGUCUUGUGUGUACAUUCAUCGUGCGCGUAACCAAUCUAAAGUAGUACUUGAAGUUCAAUUUCUUAAACUUAACCUACUUGAGGUAAAUUUCUGAUGCAUGCUUAUCAGUGCGGAAAAGAGGGACUAAGGGCUAAGGGCUACAACGUUCAUUCUAUUUAGCUUAGGAAACAUUUUAACGUUACUUAACAUCGGAUGUGCAUCGUUAACCUAUGUGCUACAAUGUUUCUUUCUGCCCACACGGAAGGGGAGCCUCUCCAUACUUUCUACAUUUCUCUAAUAGCCUAAUCAGUGUGUGAACAUGCAAAAAUGACCCUGAAAUCCGCUGAGACUAUCAGUCAGCAUAAUAAGUAAACUGUCACAGUUCAAAGGCCAAAUAGCCUCCUGGUGUGUGUUUUUAGAGAGAGCAAUGCUAAUUUCACACCGUUCAUUGUCAUGUGCGAUAUGUCAAGCAAGCAAUCUCGUUUUCGCAAAUAGUAAUGUGCUUAUGUUGACCAGGUUGCAGGGGUAAAGCAUGGCUCAAAAACUUUUGAUCAUUGACACGGACUGUGGCAUUGACGAUGCCCAGGCGAUUAUGGUGGCAUUGGCACAACCCGAUGUGAAAGUUUUGGCCAUCACCUGCUGCUUUGGAAACACCACAGUCGAUCAUGUGUGCCAGAACGUCGUUCGGGUGCUGUCUGUUUGCAGACGCAAUGAGAUCCCAGUUUUCAAAGGGUCAGCCAGUCCUUUGGUGGGAGCUUUUAACACCUUGAAGGACCACUUUGGCACAGAUGGUCUUGGUGAUGUUUUAAAAGCAGAAGACCCUGUAGGCUGGAAAGAUCAAAUCAAGCAAGAGAAUGCGGUGACUGCUAUGAUCAGACUGGUGUCUGAGAACCCUGGGCAGGUAUCCCUUGUGGCCCUUGGCCCCUUGACUAACUUGGCUCUGGCAAUCCGACUGGAGCCAACAUUUCCUCAGAAGCUGAAAGAUCUUUUCAUCAUGGGAGGAAAUAUGGAGGGAAAAGGGAACGUGUCUGUAUGUGGGGAAUUUAACUUUGUUAUGGAUCCAGAGUCUGCAUAUGUUGUUUUGGAAGAAUACUUAUGUCCUACAUAUAUUGCGACAUGGGAAUUCACUUGCAGAAAUAAGCUUCCAUGGGACUUUUUUGAGAAGAUAAUUGACCAAGAUUACGCCGCUGCUCGCUUUACGAAGACCAUCACAUCCAAGUGCUGGGCUUUCUCUCGGGAAUUUGGAGUGAACAAAAGAGACGUGCUCUUUGGCCAGGGCUUCGUGCCUUACGACGCGUACGCGGUGGCGGCUUGCGUUGACCCCAGCGUCGUGUCGGAGAGUGUGGAAUGCGCCGUUCGGGUGGAGCUGCAGGGAGCUUUGGGUCGAGGGAUGAUGGCGCUGGAUCCCAGCAACAUGCUAAAGAAGAGCCAUAAAGUCACCAUCAUGAAAACAUGCGACCUAGCAAAGUUUAGUGAACUACUAGCGGACUCACUCAGACAGCCAAAAGUAGACCGAUAGAGGAAGAGAGGUGUCAUAUGUUUGGCACUCCGGGCUGGAUACCCAGAUGUGGAUGGAUGAAAGCCACUAAGUCCAAGACUGAAAGGUCCUUUUCUGAGGAGAUCUUCAUCAAAGUCCUCCUUUAGUCCAGGACCAGGGAAAUUGUCGGUUUCAUUUGGAUUGUAUAGCACUGUGGAGUUUCACCAUAAAUAAAAGGGCAAAAGACUCA